CCUGGAGAUGCAAAAUUGCAAACGUAGCAUCUUCUAGUUGAGAUUUGUUUUAUUAUUUCUGUGCCAAAAGGCUUUCGUUUAAUUUCAGCGUUUGAAAAAAAUUAAAGCUUUCUUACUCAUCUAUGCGGUUUCUCUUAAACAUAUGUAGAGCGAAUUUUACAAGCUUUUCGGCUGUACCCAGGUAUCGAAUAGCCCAGUUGGUUCGUGAGGGUCAAAUUGAGAAUGCCCGCAAAGUGUUCGAUGUAUUACCUAACAAAACAGUCGAUUCGUGGAACUCUAUAAUUGCUGGCUACUUUCAGAAUAACCAACCCAAUGAAGCCCUACUUCUAUUCAACAAAAUGCCGUAUAAAAACACCGUAUCUUGGAAUGGUUUAAUUUCUGGGUAUACGAAAAAUGGAAUGGUCACUGAAGCAAGGAAAGUGUUCGAUAAAAUGCCGGAACGCAAUGUUGUUUCAUGGACCGCCAUGGUUCGGGGGUAUGUUCGAGAGGGUAUGAUGGGGGAGGCAGAGUCCUUGUUUUGGUUAAUGCCCGAGAAGAACGUGGUUUCAUGGACAGUGAUGUUAGGUGGACUCAUUGAAGAAGGUAGAAUUGACGAUGCACGUAGGCUGUAUGAUAUGAUGCCGGAAAAGGAUGUGGUUGCUAGGACUAAUAUGAUAGCGGGAUAUUGUAAAGAAGGACGUUUGAGUGAAGCAAGAGAAAUUUUUGAUCAGAUGCCAUGGAGAAAUGUGAUAUCUUGGACAACUAUGAUUACAGGUUAUGUUCAGAAUAAUCUUGUGGAUGUUGCUAGGAAGCUUUUUGAAGUGAUGCCUGUGAAAAAUGAGGUGUCAUGGACAGCUAUGUUGAUGGGUUAUACUCAGUGUGGAAGGAUAGAAGUAGCUUUUGAACUCUUUGAGGCGAUGCCGGUGAAGUCGGUUGUCACUUGCAAUGCUUUGAUUCUUGGGUUUGCCCAAAAUGGAGAGGUAGCAAAAGCUAGGAGGGUGUUUGAUGAAAUGAAGGUUAAGGAUGAUGCAACAUGGAAUGCGAUGAUUAAGGUUUACGAGAGGAAAGGAUUCGAAUUGAAAGCACUUGAUUUGUUCAUAUUGAUGCAAAAGGAGGGCAUUAGGCCAAAAUUUGCAUCUUUGAUAAGUGCUCUUUCCGUUUGUGCCAGCUUAGCAAGUCUGGAUCAUGGUAAGCAGGUUCAUGCCCAGUUGUUGAGAUCUCAAAUUGAUGAAGCUGUAUAUGUUUCCUCUGUUUUGAUGACAAUGUAUAUUAAAUGUGGUGAUCUUGUAAAAGCAAAGCUAGUUUUUGAUAGGUUUUCUUCAAAGGACAUUGUUAUGUGGAAUUCUAUGAUAUGUGGUUAUGCCCAGCAUGGCUUAGGUGAGGAGGCUUUGCAGGUUUUCCAAUCAAUGUUUUCUUCAGGAAUUGUACCAGAUGAUGUUACAUUUGUUGGAAUUCUGACGGCUUGUAGUUACACCGGCAAGGUUAAAGAAGGGCUAGAUAUCUUCGAGUCGAUGAAAUCCAAAUAUAUGGUGGAGCCAAAAACCGAGCACUACGCUUGCAUUGUGGAUUUGCUCGGUCGAGCAGGCCAGGUAAACGGGGCAAUGAAUUUGAUUGAAAAAAUGCCCAUGGAUGCAGAUGCUGCUGUUUGGGGUUCUCUGUUAGGGGCCUGUAGAACACAUGGAAAGUUGGAUCUGGCUGAAGUUGCAGCAAAGAAGCUUCUAAAGCUUGAGCCUGAAAAUGCUGGCCCCUACAUCCUGUUGUCGAAUAUAUAUGCAUCCCAAGGUAAAUGGACCGACGCUGCGAAUCUGAGAAAAAACAUGAGGGUAAGAUGUGUGAAGAAAUCACCCGGUUCUAGCUGGAUUGAGGUCGAGAAAAGGGUUCAUAUGUUCACUACAGGUGAUGUGAGGGCACAUCCUGAGCAUGCAAUGAUCAUGAGGAUGUUGGAGGAAAUAGGUGUGUUGUUGAGAGAAGCCGGGUAUAAUCCUGAUGGAAGCUUUGUGCUGCAUGAUGUGGAGGAGGAAGAGAAGUGGCAUAGCUUGAGAUAUCACAGUGAGAAAUUGGCUGUGGCAUAUGGGUUGUUGAAGGUUCGGAAGGAGGCACCUAUUCGUGUCAUGAAAAAUCUUCGUGUUUGUGGAGAUUGCCACACUGCAAUUAAACUAAUAGCAAAAGUAACCCAGAGAGAGAUCAUUUUGAGAGAUGCUAAUAGAUUCCAUCAUUUUAAGGAUGGUAUCUGUUCUUGCAGGGACUUUUGGUAAUAGAAUUGCAGUGAGAAGUUGUAGAAACUCGCUUGGUUAAAUGGCUUCGAAUGUGUUAUGGUUCAGACGGACAAUGUUGAUUUCCUUAAGUUUAUCCCGUCACCUUCUUCUGAGA